AUACGUUCAGGUCAGUGUGCUUAAAAGACUUCCUUUUGAGAAAAGACAAUAUAAGAUUUUCAUUUAUUAUCAUUUGAAGUAAAUAUAGUGUCAAAAAUGUUAACAGGAUAAUAUGAGAUUUUUUUUAAUAAUAAGAAAAAGAAGAAGAUGAAUAAGAAUAAUAUCUGAAUUCCCGUUUGAGGAAAUGACCUAGUGCUGGUUACAUGACCUGUCAGGAGUCCAGAGAGCUGUUAAGCCCCGCCCACAUCAGAGACAGACCAUGUUACAUGGUUAUAAUAUCAACAUGAUAGGACACAAGAGACAGAAAGACAGAUGGACAGAUCAGGAGAGCUGUUAUAAAUGCCUGCGAUCUGAUUGGCUGGAGUGAGUGGGAGGCGAGGUGACUGUGUGGUUGUCAUUAAGAUGAGCAGUAAGUCUGAGAGUUACACACACACUACACCUGCACAGCAUCGACAAGAGAGAUGCCAGGACCGAGGCCUGUAGUUCUGAGUGGCCCCUCCGGAGCAGGGAAAAGCACUCUGCUCAAGAGGCUGAUGCAGGAAUAUGAGGGAGUGUUCGGAUUCAGUGUCUCCCAUACAACCAGGAAUCCUCGUCCUGGAGAAGAGAACGGAAAAGGACUGAAUUGUCUCCCAAUGCUUCUGGGGGCGACGUUACUGCCCGUAGCAGACGUCCUGUCCUCUGUAUCAUCUGAAGAUUACCACUUCACCACGCGGGAGAAGAUGCAGGAGGGCAUCAAUAACGGCGAUUUUAUCGAGAACGCAGUGUUUUCAGGAAACAUGUAUGGCACCAGUAAGUCGGCCAUAGAGGACGUUCAGGCCCAGAACCUGAUCUGCAUUCUGGACGUCGACCUUCAAGGGGUGAAAAAAAUCAAGCAGACGGACUUGAACCCCAUCUACAUCUCCAUCCAGCCUCCAUCUAUUGAGAUCCUGGAGCAGCGUCUCAGAGACAGGCAGACAGAGACAGAGGAAAGUCUACAGAAACGUCUGGAAGCGGCCCGUAUUGACAUGGAGCUCAGUAAAGAACCAGGCAUCUUCGACAUUGUCAUCAUUAAUGAUGAUCAGGACAAAGCCUACGAGAAGCUUAAAAGUGCUCUUAUUGAGGAAAUUCAGAAGGUUCAGGAUGCUAAAAAGUAAGAGAAGGAAAAGAGCAAUCUUGUCCUCUUGGGAACGGACACGGAGCCUUUCCUUCCAGCCUUCGAGCAACACAAAUCUAUUCACAUUUCAUUGAUGAGAGAAACAAUCAACACGGCACUGAAAUAAACUUUUACAAAAAGUCUUUUCGACAUACUACGUCAUACGACAACCUGUCAUGCUAACAAUGCUGCUGAAAAACUUCAGUGUGAGUUUCACACUUUAACAUUAUUUACAUUAUUAAUGUGAAACCACAGUCUUAAGCGUAUGACUAUAUAAUCAUGGGUGCAGUUAUUAGAGCAGCAUUUUAUUCUUGUAUGUGUAAAUAUACAGACUACAAACAUAUGGCUGGGUUAUGAUAAUAACAAUGCACUAGAAUUUUGUGGAAUUAGAGGUGCUACAGGAUAAACCUCAUUUAGUCUAUCGAUACUGAAAAUAAAUGUCUUGAAUGUGACUUGAAUGUUUAUGUGAAUAAAUGUGUGUACACUGAUACACAUACACCUGUGCAGACUUUUAUUAUUAUCUUAAGACAGCUCAUUUAUUAAUAAAAUAUAGCAUUUCAGAAGAAAUAGUGUUGGAAAUAUUGACUGUUCUUCACUUUGUUAUAGCAGCCAAGUGAUGUUACUAUUGUUGUA